AGCCUGGGAAUGGCCGUGGGCCCACGCGGUUCGCGGUCGGUGCACGCGCAGACAAGACUGCCCGAUGGCGGAGGCUGAGAUGAAAGAGGGGGUGUUGCGAGCGAUGAAAUGCUGUUUGGCUAAUUUUCCCGCCGAAGCCAGGGAGUUGUGUUGGUCGGAAUCAGUGCCAUACCUUGAGAGCCUUCCACCUCCCCUGGAAUUCUACAGAGAAUGGAUCUGCCCAAACAAACCAUGUAUAAUCCGAAAUGCUUUCAACCACUGGCCAGCUCUGAAGAAGUGGACCUUGGCUUACUUGAGGCAGAUAAUGGGCUCCAAGCUGGUGAGUGUGGCAGUAACCCCCAAUGGUUAUGCUGAUGCGGUUUAUCAGGACUGGUUUGUUAUGCCAGAGGAGCGUCAUAUGCCUUUCAGUGCUUUUUUGGACAUUUUGGAGAAAAAAGUAUCUUCUCCAGGAGUGUUCUAUGUGCAGAAACAGUGUUCAAACCUGACUGAGGAAUUUCCUGAACUUAUAGGUGAUGUGGAGCCUGAGAUACCUUGGAUGAGCGAAGCACUGGGAAAGAAGCCCGAUGCUGUGAAUUUCUGGCUGGGAGAAUCUUCUGCCGUGACCUCAUUACACAAAGACCAUUAUGAAAACUUGUACUGCGUGAUUUCUGGAGAGAAACAUUUUUUGUUGCAUCCGCCAAGUGACCGUCCCUUCAUCCCAUAUGAGUUGUAUCCCCCAGCAACUUACCACAUCUCAGAAGAUGGGUUAUUUGAUAUUCUGGAAGAUAAAACAGCAGAGAAGGUACCCUGGAUCCCUUUAGAUCCUUUAAAUCCAGAUCUGAAACGAUACCCAGAAUAUGCUCAAGCAAAGCAUUUAAGAUGUACUGUGAAGUCUGGUGAAAUGUUGUAUCUUCCUUCUCUUUGGUUCCAUCAUGUUCAGCAAUCACAUGGCUGCAUAGCAGUGAAUUAUUGGUAUGAUAUGGAAUAUGAUCUAAAAUACUCCUAUUAUCAGCUGUUGGAUUCUCUCUCAAAAGCUGCACAACCAGUCUUGGGAUCUUCUUGGAACAGCUAACCUUUUACAUCUAAUAUGGAACUGUGCUUAGAAUGCCUUCAAGCAAUAUGGUCAUCUCUGAGUUCGGGCCUGGUUCAAGCAUUACACAUUUCUAGGAUUUUGGAUAGAAGCUACUUCUCAGAAUGAUGAGGAUCAACAUAUACCAUCACCAGCAAGGAAAAGAAUACACUGCAUAAUACUUACUGUCAUAAUUUCUCUGACAGAGCACAGAUAGUAUUCAGGUUACCACCUGUACACUAUAAUGGGAUUAUUGGGCUUCCAGUAAAUCAGUGGAUGACAUGAUGGCUACCACUCUGUCCUAACUACACAGAUUGUGCUAGCUUUAUUUGAUCCACACACAUCUGUCUCUGUUAGGACUGAUGAAUUGAGGAAUAAAGUAAAAGCUUAUGAAGGCUUUAUAGACCUGGAACUUUAUCUAGUCCUUGGCAUUUUGGAGAUGAUCAAACUCUUGCCUUGUUGGAACAAUACUCAGAGUUACUGUUAUAAGCUGUUAAACGACAUAUGGAUAUAAAAAAAUCUCUAUUGAGAGACUAUUUUUUAAAACAUUUUAGACAUGACAGAUAGCAGUUAUGUAAGCUUAAAUUAGUACAUGGUACCAAUUUGUUAGAUGGGCAAGUAAUAUGCUAUUCACCAUCUCUUAUAUAUAA